AGCAGUUUCAGCUCUUGGCGCAGUUGACUGCUUGAGUCGCAGACCGGCAAGCACUCCGCCGCCGCGGUGCCGCCCAGAUAGCUGACCGGGUGAUCGAUGUGAUCGUGCUCCUGCCCCGGCUGACUGUCAGGGGCAACGCACGAUGGAGAACGGCAAGGCCGCCGGCCAGCUCUCACAGCUGAACAAUAUGCCCGCCUCAGACAAGGGCUCGUCGGUGCCGGCUUCCGAGAAGGUGGCUCACUUCCUGCCUGACAGCGCCGCCGCCGCGGCAGCAGCUGCUGGCGGCGCGAAGGCCAAGGCACAGGUCAAGGCCGCCUUUGCCGUGCGCAAGUGGCUGGCGGUCAAUGCGCAAGGCGAGGUGCGGCACCUGGAGCUCGCCAAGCUGCGCGUGACGCAGGGGCUGGGCGUCCAGCUGCGGGACCUGAGGCUGCUGGACCCUCAGCUGGCCACCAGCUACCCGUCUGCCAUCCUGGCUCGUGAGCGCGCCAUAGUGGUCAACCUGGAGUUCAUAAAGUGCAUCAUCGCCAUGGACAACAUCUACAUCACCAACCUGGACGACCAAAACACGGUGGCAUUCGUGGAGGAGCUUCAGCGGCGGCUGCGCGCCGCCGCCGUGGCCGCGGAGGCCGCCGCCGCCGCCGGCCCCAGCGGCCUGUUCAUGUCGCAGUCAGUCGCCAACCUGCCAGGCGCCGCAGGCGGCGCCUCGUCUGGCAACCUGCCUGGCGGCGGCGGCGUGCCGCUCAGCUCCAUCUCUGCCGCCCACGAGGAGCUGCCCUUUGAGCUGCGGUGCCUGGAAAUAGGGCUGGACACCGUGUCUCAGUACCUGGAGCGCCUGACCGGGGACCUGGAGGCGGCGGCGCACCCGGCCUUGGAUGCGCUGACGGGCAAGAUCAACACCAGCAACCUGGAGCGCGUGCGCCGCAUCAAGAACAGGAUGGUGCGGCUGACCACCCGCGUGGAGACGCUGCGUGAGGUGCUGGAGAAGUUCCUAGAUGAUGACUCAGACAUGAAGGACCUGAACCUGACAGCAAAGGAGGAUGAGCGGCUCGAGCUGUUCAACCGCCACGUGCGGUCGGGCGCUGCCACGCCUUUCGACGUGCCGCUGCCCUACACCGGCGCCAGCGGGGCUGAGGCCACGGGGCUGGAGGCGAUGACGCCCAUGACGCCCAAGAGCGCCUCCUCGGCUUCCUCCGACUCGACAGAUCUGGAGGACGACCCCGAUGUGGCGGUGGUGGAGAUGCUUCUGGAGCCCUACUUCAUGCAGGCGAGCGGCUGGAGGGCGUCGCGCCGCGCCGCGUGUGCAGCCGGCUGCGUGCGGCGGCGGGCAGGCGAGAGCGGGGCGCAGGGUGGGCUGGCGAUCGGGAGGCUCACUGGGCGAUGCCGCCAAAUCGACAACACGUACAACAAGCUGCAGACGCUGUGCGAGUACAUCGACGACACAGAGGACUAUAUCAACAUAGAGCUGGACUCGCACCGCAACGCUCUCAUCCGGCUGGACCUGGUGCUCACCUCCUUCAGCGCCUCCGUGGCCCUGGUGACCGCCAUCACGGGCCUGUUUGCCAUGAACGUGAUGCUGCAGCCGGACACAGAGGGGCAGGCACCCUUUGGCUGGUUUCUGGCUGUGUCCAUCAGCACCGGCGUGGGAGCCAUCUUCAUCUUCACUGCCGUCAUGAUCUACUGCCGCUGGAAGCGGCUGAUCUGAUGGCGGCGCCGGUGUGGCGCUACAAGGGGCUAGCCCGGCGCCUCCUCGGUUGGCCCCGGCGGCAGCCAGGUUUUGUGCAGGGUGCACCUCGUGGAAAACAGUGCCGUGCCACUCCUCACCCGUUUACCACUGCCAUCCACGGUCGGUUGGCGGCCCUGCAGACCCCAUUCAAACUCCCAAUGACCCUACCCAUCUGUUCGCAUGUUCCUAUCUCCCUUUUGUGAGCUGCUAGCCAUUUUGUUCCUGUGUGCCGUGUUUUCGGCCCCCACUGGCGCGCGCACGGAAAUUCCUUCCCUCUCAUGCAAUGCACUGUAAACCAACGCCAUC